AUACAAUUUUUGAACGUCAUUUUGGUAGGGCCGGGAAGUAUUGACAACUGCGUUCUUUUGAGAUUAUGAAUAGCUCCUCUACUGUGGUAUAAGCCUGUAAUUAUUACAACCAUGUUGUCACGGAGAUACCAGUCAAACACGAGGUUGGAGAAGAUCUGUAGUCUUGACAUUGACAAGCCUGUUGCUAGAGCCAGACUGACCAGCAUCAUUGGGACUAUAGGACCAGCAUGCGAUUCUGUGAAAGAUCUUCGAGCUAUGAUGAUGUCAGGCAUGACAAUUUGCCGUUUGAAUUUGGCCUACAGGACACAUGAGUACUUCAAAGGAGCUGUUCAGCGAAUUCGUGAGGCACAGGCGGGAUUGGAUGUUCCCAUACAAGUAGGAAUUGGUAUUGACAUAACUGGCACAGGUAUUAGAGUGGGGACUCUAGCAAAGGAAAUAGGACUAGGCCAAGAGUUGAAGAUGAAAACUGGGGAUAAAAUGAGGUUCACCAUUGAUGAGAAAUACCAGGAACAAGGCACUGAAAACAUCAUGUUUUUUGAAGCAGCCGAGGUGUUCUCCCAAAUCAAAACGGGCAGUAAGGUGAUCAUUGAGGAUGGACCCCUUACGCUUGUCAUCGAAGGGAAAGGUGACGAUUACGUGGAUUGUGUGGUGGAGGAGGCUGGUGACCUGGGAAGUCACAUGAUGUGGACCAUCCCCAAUAUGGUAAUGAGGGAGGCGGAGCUAUCAGAAAAAGACAAGAAAGAUCUACAGUUUGCUCUUGAUCAUGAUUUGGACAUGGUUUUUGCUUCAUGGGUGUGGUGUCCUGAAAUGGUAGAGGAGGUGAGGAAAUACCUUGGAGAAAAGGGAAAAACCAUGAAGAUCAUGGCCAAAAUAGAGACGUACACCGCUGUGAAGAGAGUUGAUGAGAUUUUGGCAGUGGCAGAUGGGCUGUACAUAGCCAGAGGCAAUCUCGGAGUCAAUAUUUCACCAGAGAAGGUCUUCCUGGCCCAGAAGAUGAUAAUUGGAAAAGCUAACAAAGCUGGAAAGCCAGUUAUUUGUGCCACUCAGAUGUUGGGCAGCAUGAUGUUUAAUCCUCGUCCUACACGAGCAGAAGUUGCUGACGUUGCCAAUGCCAUUUUGGACGGAGCCGACUGUGUCAUGUUGUCUCGAGAGACAGCCAGGGGAAAGCAUGCUGUAAAAAGUAUGCAAACCAUGAGUGCUGUGUGCAGGGAGGCAGAGGCAGCCCUCUUUAAUGAACACGUGUUUAACGACUUGAGGAAGAAAGUGGGUGUGAUAGGAAACACCCACACGACUGCCAUAGCAGCCGUGGAGGCGGCCCACAAAUGCCAAGCCAGAGCCAUCAUGGUGGUUACAGUCAGUGGAAGGUCACCUGCUCUGAUAUCCAAGUACAGACCCAACUGUGUGAUCUUAGCUAUCACUAGGUCCAAACACACUGCCAACAACCUGCAGCUCCAUAGAGGAGUGUUUCCAGUGUUUUACAAAGAUGAUCGAGAUGACGUUUGGGUAGAUGAUGUGGACGCCAGGUUACACUGUGGUAUGACGAUUGCCAGGCAGCUGGAAUACAUUAAAAGUGGCGAUAUGAUUGUCCUGGUGACGGGAUGGACAUCAGGGGCGGGGUCAACCAACACUAUCCGCAUUAUAAGCGUCCCCUCGACCUCUCUUCCUGUGCCAUACGCCAGAGUAGAAAUAGAUACACCUGUUGAUGACAAGGUCCGCUUUGAGUAGGCUUCACAGAGUACAUUUUAGAAGGUGAUUUUAAAAAAAGCCAUUUUUUUAUGGUCCCAUUAUCAAAAAUGUUUUUUACCCGUAUUAAUGGUUAUCAGGGUUUCAGCAUGUCUCUGGUGUGAUUAAAGCAGAGAAACUUGAAUCAAUUAUUAAGAAUUGAAUGUACUUUGAAAGGUAUGUUUUUGGGAAUUUAAAUUUUUGGGGUUUUCGUUGUUGUUCAUUUAUACAUGACAUUGUGUGGCAUUUCUGCUAAUAUUCCUGUGAGUAAAAACUUUUUCAUAAUAUUUUCUGUAACAUGAGCUUUUUGUCCAGAUAUUGAGAGAAAUAAUGAUGAUCAUGAUUGAUGUUACAGUAGUUUUUGUAUUACAUAAUUUGACAAAAUAAAACAACAACACUAAACCAAUUCUUUAACUUUAGCAUACACUGUAUUUUAGAGAGAAGCUGUACAUGAAUAAGCAUAAAGUUGCUCCUCACAGCGUUUAGGUAUUUCGUGGUUCAUGUACACCAAUUUGUCUAAAAUGUGUUAGAGCCUCAGGAAAUUGGUUUAAAUUAAUGUGGUUUUUUUUUCCAGAGGUACUCUACCGCUUCCCAAAAUAAGGCAUCAAAGUAUAAAUGGCUAAGGCAUUUAAAUUACCACAUAUAAUAUGAUGGACCUGGCUAACAUAGAAAUGAAAAAUAAGGGUUUGACAGCAUUUUUAACCCCAGAUUUGUAAACUUCGCAAAAUUUAAAGAAGAAUUUUGAACUUGAAAAUAAAACAUUACCGGUACUAACAAUUUAAAACACAUCUGUUGACAGAAAACCCUUAAUCAUGACAGCUACUUUUCCCAAUACUGCAUCUGAAAAUUGUAUUUGAAUGAUUUCACCAACUCUUUCAUUCACUUUCUUAAUUUGAUUUCUGAAGUUGAUCUUAUUUCUGAUCAUGAUAUUCCACCAUUGAAAAAGCCACAAACACCCCUAACAGAUCUCACUUCAAGCCUUAAGAACAGUCUCAAUGAUUUUCAGGUCUAAGGUAAAUUUUCAAAAGUUUGUUAAGUUGUACAAAACAUUUCACCAACUUUUACAAGUGAAAUCAAAAUGGGCACCAUAAAUACAAGAAUUUAUCAAUGAUUUUGACAUCAGUUUUGCAUGCAGAUCUACACUGUAAAUUGAUGGGGAAUGGUAAAGUCUGCUCAAGGGAAGAAACAGACAAAAUUUAACUACAGUACUAACAUUUGAUGAAACUUUGGUAUCAUUAGAAAAAUUAUGUGUGUGUUACUGGCAGUGAAACUAUUAAAAUGAUUUUGACUCUAUACACAAGUUUUUACAGAUAUGUAAUGUGUUCAUGUUUCAUCAAAAUAUUGAUAUGUCUAGGGCUAUUUGAUACUGUCAUGUUUUUAAUGGGGUCAAUGUGUAUAACUUGGUAUUCAUUAUAGAUUACUUACUGUGUCAAUAUACAGUAACCAUUGCUACAGAUGAAGAACAUGUGUGCACUGUAAUAAAAUUCUCUGUUCCUUGUAUUGUAUGAAAAUUUAUGUAUUUAGUGUUUUCAUUAUGUUCCCCAAACAAAGUUUGGGAACAUAUUGUUUUUACUCUGUUUCUUAUUAUUAUUAUUAUUAUUAUUCUUUUUCUCCGGUACUUUUUUGUCCGGUAGUGUUCUCAGAAACUACAAAAGGGAUCGAUAUGAAACUUUCCAGGAUGAUAGUAUAGCGUUUGUAGAUGUGCAUAGUGAUAGUCAUUUUGUUUGCACGUGCAUGCACGCGCGCGCACGUGCAUUGCAAUUUUGGUACAAAAAAUGGAAAAUCAGAAUAUUGAAGGAAGCGAUAUGAAACCUAAUUAGGAUGGUAGGAUAUCAUUUGUAGAUAUGAAAAAUAAUAGUUCUUUUUUCUGUACGCGCACGCAUGCGCGUGCACGCGCAUUGCAAAAUUUGUACGCUAACUUUGGAAUCAGUCUAACUUUUUUGUUGUUCAUUGAAAUGGCUUGAAAUUCAUAUCAUAGGUAGAUAUUGAGACCCUUAACUGAUUUACAUGGUCAAAAUUACCAAUUUGCACGCGCAUGCACGUGCGCUUCAUUUUGAUUGGAUAAUGCUAAAACGUUUGUAACUAUCUUAUUUAUGAAGUGAAUGAGAUGAUAUUCACAGCAUACGUAGACAAUAUGUGUAUCUAUAUGUUGGUGUAACAAAAAAUGCCAACGCACACGCGCAUGCGCGUUCAACGUUUUUUAAAUGUUCAAUUUUUAAAGCACGAUAACGUUUUUGUUUUUCAUCAAAUUCUAUUCAUAUUAGGGGUUUAGAUGUAUCUUGGUACUCCUUACAAAUUGCUGUGGUUAGAAUUACUGCUCAGCACGUGCAUGCACGUGUCCUGAUUUCUGAUUGGACGAUUUUAAAAUCGCUAUAACUUCCUUAUAUUUGGUGGAAACGUUAUGAAAUUCAUACUGUGGGUAUAUGAUACAAAUGCCUGUUGAACGACAUCAACAAAAAUUCGGAAUCAUACACGCGUGCGCGUGUAUGCACGUGCAACGCUUUCUUUCAUUUCUUGGUACUGAAAUGACCAUAUUGAACGUACUACAUGUAAUUAAAGGCUAAAAUAAAAUGAUUUUUUCCUAUAGAUUCACAAGGACAUCACUUUUUAAUUGGGGGAGGUUUGGGGAACAUCUGUAACGGUCCCCGUUACAAUUAAAACUAGUUUACAUUGUAAUUGAUUUAAUGCAAUGUAAUUGUUUUUCUGCUGUAAUUUUAAACACUUUUUAUAAGCAUUGAUACAUGUAUUGUACAAUAUAUUCUGAAUGCACAGAAAUGGACAAAAGUUUCACAAUAUUAUUCAUGUACAAAUAUCUUGUGUACAAAAUAUUCAUUUCUGAAUCAGACCAUUUUUCAUCCAAAAUUUAUAGAAUUUGAUAAAUAUACAAGUAUAAUUAACUUAGAAAAAAAAACAACUUUUAUUACUAAUAAUUUCAAAGAUUAGUGAUUAUUGUAGAAUAAUUACAAUAUAAGAUACAAUGUCAUAUAGUUAUGAGUUUUCUUGAUAUUCUGUUAUAUUUUACAACCCAAGACUUUUAUCUAUCAUUUGAUUCAAUAAUCAUAAUAAAAAAUAUGACAAGGAAAUUUAUCACCUUUUACUGUCAGUUUCUGUCAGGUAACAAAAUAUCAAAUGUACCUGUUUACUGGAAUUCACAUUCUUUUUGUAUUUUAAUUGUAUACACCUCUACAUGUUUCACAUGAAAUACAAUAUAGAAUUGGUGCUUGUUAUGCUAAUAUAUUGAUUUUAAGUCUCAUUUUGUAAUUACUGUUAUUAAAGCAGAUGCAUUAUUAUUUAUAUAUAUUAAAAAAUAAAACAUUUUGUUUUACAAACAUUUGCAUGUACAGGUGUACAUGUUGCUGCAAAUAGAUUUUUUUUUUUUUUAAAUUUUACGAAAAUAUAUGUAUUUGAGUUACAGUGUAGGCAUGAGUGUUUAUUUAAGUUCUAGAAUGCAUACUUAACAUAUUAAUAUGUACAUUAUGUACAUGUACAUUUGUACCUGAUAAUGUACACAUACAAUUUUAAACCAUAUAUUUUGAAUAUGUACAAUACAUGUAUGUAAAAUGAAGAGUAUAUUGAUGUAAUACAAAAUUUCCUCCAAUUCGUCAUCAUAUGCAAGAAAUUGCAUCAGAACUUUUAACUGCUUAACUUGUAACAAACAAAGAUUGAAAUGUAAACUUUUCAUAUACAAAUUCAUUCAUGCGGUCAAUAUGGCUGUUAGCUUAUGAUCAUCCUUGCAGUAGUCAGUUCGCAUCACUGAUGCAUCAAAACAGAGUGCACCAAUACUGCUUUUCAACCUACUGGCUUUAUAAAUUUGCUUUGAUAGAAUGGCAAGGUCAGCUAUUUCAUAAUUACAUUUGUAUUUAGAUCUUCCAUUGGUUAAAGUGAAAUCACAGAACAGCACCAAAGGAUUGAAAGAAAGUCAUUAGAUUGAUUUAUAAUGCAUGAUACUAUAUAUAAAGCAUGUAGAGUUGGAUUCUGUAAUAAAUGUUUUGGGUAUUGAUGUAAUAAAACAAUGUAUUAUAUUUUGUGCUUAGCUUUAUAGGAAAUUUUGAGUAAUCUCAAUGAAUUUUUUGUUCACUAAAUUAGAUUAAUAAAUACUUCCAAAAUGUU